AUGAUCUCAGAAACUGGCAGCGACAAUCCGAAGGCAGACUAUCUCCGAUCCGAAGCCGCCUACAGCCCAUCCUCCCCCGACUCCUCUUCCCCGGAAGCCGGGCACCUGAGCAGGAGGCGGGACACGCAGACCACCAGCGGCAGCAUCCUCCCGGAGGAGAGCGGCAGCAUCCAGCCCCUGGUCUCCUCGGCCGCGGCCGCCGCCUGCAUCAUGACAUCGGGGGAGUUCAUGCAGACCGCCCCGCUGCUGGCGCACAAAUCCAAGCGAAGCCUGCUGUACAAGGCGCUCUGCUUUCUGCUGCUCGUCUUCCAGGGCGGCGUCCUCGACUUCUACCUCAUUAUCUUCACCGACCUGUACUGGUGCUCGUGGAUCGCCACGGACCUGGUGGUGAUCUCCGGCUGGGGGAUUUUCUUCAUGAAGAACGCGCGCAGCAAGCGCGAGCGGGCCUGCGGCUUCCACCAGAAGAGCUCCAUCUUCGGCUGCAACCUCGGGGAGUUCACCUACGCCUACCUGGCCUGGCUCAUCUAUGUCAUCGCGUGUACCCCCAAAGUGGUGCUCAUCCUCGAGACGUCCAUCCUGGAUCUGAUCGCGCUCAAGGUCCCGUGCGGAGUGACCGGCUUUAAGAUCAUCGUGCUGCUGUCGGCGCCGCUGCUCUUCUGCCUCAUCAACUCCAUCAUCGAGGAUCUGAACGGGGCCACGCGCCACCACUCCCAGAGCUGCUUCAUGAGCACGUGCCUGGACCUGCUGGACAGCUUCACGCUCGUGGAGAUGCUGCUGCGGAGCGAGAUUCCCACCGUGUACCUCAAGUACACCGUCAUCUCGGUGUACUUCGUGGCCCUGGCGGUGCCGGUGAUCUGGCUUUACGAGCUGACCGCGUCCGAGCUGCGCUGCCGGUGGCUGUGGGCCCGCUUCUCCACGGGCCUGGUGGUCAACGCGCCGCUGCUCGUGGUCAGGUGUUUCCAGGUGUACGUGUACAAGAUGCCGGUGUCGGUUUUCAUGUUCAAAAACAUCUUCUUCCUGUCUUGUAAGCUGCUGGAGCUGGUGGAGCAGUGCGUGGCGGUGCGGGGGGUGCGGAGGCUGGCCGGAGGCAGCAACCCGGCACAGUUCUCACACUGCGUGUCCGAGAACGACAUGUGUCCGCACGGAUAUGUCAACACACUGGCCGUCACCCAGUCCUAGAGCCCGGGAUCACCGAGGGUCGCGAGCCCUCAGUCUGUGGUGAUGAUGGCGGGACAGUGCACAAGUGGUGUUGCGUUCCAGACACAGCUGGAAAUUGGGAAAAUCCAAAUGACAAACACAGUUCCUGCUUCCACAUAAACAGACCCACAUGUAAGGCAUUUAGACAACUAUACAUCAACAUAAAGUUAAGGGAAAAGUAAAUUCUUUUUGUACAACUAAAUGUCAAAGUGAAAUAGGCUAAAUGUUAUUAGACUAAACUUAAAGGGUGACUAUAGAAUUUUUCAACCUGGGCCCCAUUUUCUCAUGUUUUAUUUCUAAAUGACAAAUGGCAACAAGAACUGUUGAAAUUUUAUCAGUAUUGAGGAGGCAACUGCUGCAAUAUAAUCCCAAUAGCGAAAGUGAGCAUUGUUCAUUUACCUCUGCUAAAAGUGUUUGUUUUUGCCACUGACAGGCUCAGAUUAUUAUAUGUGUCUGGAAACAUUAUGGACAGGAUCUUUACAGAGACAGACCUUUUUGUAGUAGUAAGAGGUGUAAGAGUAAGAUAAUUUUUUUAACCAGAAAAAGCCCAAAAAUUGUCAUCGCUAACC